CGAAAGGGAAGGAGAAGGAAAAAGAAAAACAAAAAGAAAAAGAAAAAGAAAAGGAAAGAGGCAAGGAGAAGGAAAAGGACAGAGAUAGGGAAAAAGCCAGGGAGACGGAGAAGGAGAAGGACAAGAAAAAGGCCAGUGCAUCUACUCCGGAUUCGUCAGACAGUGAUAGACCACGACGAAAACAAGUGUCGUCGUGGCUUUUACACAAUUAAAGAGCUUGCUGAGCAUGAGAUUCGCGCACAUGACAUGAAAAUCCCCUGUGCCCAUUGCGAUAAGGACGCGGUUUCUGUCACCAAACUUGCAGCACAUAUGUUAUUUCGACAUGCUUCACACGAUGUUGUAUGCUAUUACUGUGAUGAGAAGUUUGGUGGCCCAGCGGAUAAGCUCGACAAAGCUUCGUGGGACGAUUUCAGGGGACAUGUCUAUAAGGAGGUUCUAAAAAAGAAAAUGUACGAACACUCGUCUAAAACGAAAUCUUCGUCCAGUGAUGCGGUUGCUCUUCGCGGUGUCGGCCGUUGUCCGCAUGGUGCAGCUGUGAAGUGCAGGAACUUUCCCAACUGUCCCGGUGCGAAAUGUAUCUAUUCUCAUGGUAUGUGUCGAUAUGACAUCACCUGCAACAAAUCCAGCUGCCCAUUUGAUCACACGAACCGCCCACGUGUGUGCAUGACUUGCUUAAACGACAUUAGACGCAAUUCAUAUUGA